AUGGCAGUUUCUCCUAAACAUCUCCACCUUCCUUCUUCUUAUAUGCUUCUUCCAUCUUCUUCUUCUUCAUUCAUCUCUUCAAUUCCGUUCUCUCCACACUCUGUUACUACUACUGCUUCAACGAUACGUGUCUCCACAAAACUCUGUUUCAGUCGACGGUCCAUCGUAAGAUACAACGACCACUCCGGUGAACAUGAAGAAGACGACGAGGAGGAUGAGAACUUGAGCUUUGAGGAAGCUGUCUCCCUCUUUAACAAGAGAGAUUAUUACAAAAGCCAUGACGCGCUCGAGGCACUAUGGAUACGAGCUGAGGAGCCAGCUCGAACGCUGUUCCACGGGAUACUUCAGUGUGCCGUUGGAUUCCACCAUCUCUUUAACAACGUCUAUAUAAAUCAUAAAGGAGCGAUGAUGGAGUUAGGAGAAGGAGUAUGUAAGCUAAGGAAGAUGAACUUCGAAAACGGUCCGUUUCAAGAGUUCGAGAGAGAUGUCUCUGCCGUUCUUGAAUUCGUUUAUCAAACUCAGCUCGAACUAGCUGCUUGUUCAGAAGAUAUGUGUUUGACAAUGGAUCAGUCAGACAGAUCUUAUCAACUGUUGGGUGGUUAUGCAGCUGGAGAGAGUAUAUACAGCUUAGAGACUAUGAUUGAUUUCAACAAUGGCAUGUCUGAAACAAGUGUUAUACUCUUCUCUCCUUCAAGCUCCUCCUCUGAGCCAACAAGAGUCAAACUCCCAACUCUAGCCGCAACCGAUAAACACCUUAUUCCUUUUACAGGCGGUGAGAGAUCCUAAGAGAAAUGAUUCUUUAAUAAUCUGAUUUGCAUUCCACAAAACCAUGAUGCAUAGUUUGAUGAGACACUGCAUCAGCAGCAUAGUAAUUACAGAUUAGUAAUCAGAGUACAACAUCUACACUACAUAUAUAUCUCCAGGAUAAUUUGGUUCUUGGUUGUAAAAAUCCACAAUAUUAAAAGUAAAUACAUUGCUGUUUUCAGACAUCAGAUUCUGCAUCUUCAAGACACCCACAUUUUAAUUAAAUGCUAACUAACGACAGCUAGUACAGAACUAGCACCGGCA